AGGAGAGUUGGCUUUGACUCACUUUCUGACCUUGUGAGUUACCAAGACUGGCAUUCCUGGGAAGUCAUGUGACUAGGAUUGGCGGCCACAGCUGUCACCAGUGGUCAGGAGGGGCCAUUCCGAUUAAAUUUCACACCAGCUACAUAGUGGUUUUCUUUCUUUCCUUCCUGCACUUUUUUUUGCCUUCUGAGUCUUUGUCUUCCAUGGACAGGAGAGCAUGAAACAAGAUGCUAGUCUAGAAGAUGGAGAUUAAGAUGAUUGACACAAUAUUUUGAUGGCAUCUCUUGCGGACAUUUCUACCUUCUGAAUGGCCUGAGGUUCUCAUGGUCCUGAAUUUCCAAAGCAUGAAACUUAUCCUUCCUUAAUACUGAGUUUGCUGUGAUAACAUCUUUUUGUGUGUGGACCUCCAGUGCUUCUGCUAUCCUGCCAGACUGGUAUAUGAAGCUCUUGAGCACAAAGGAGAUGGGUCAGGACCAGACAAAGCAGCAGAUUGAAAAAGGACUACAACUUUACCAAUCAAAUCAGACUGAAAAGGCCCUCCAGGUCUGGUUGAGGGUCUUGGAAAAGAGUACAGAUUCUGCCGGCAGGUUUCGUGUCCUAGGGUGUCUCAUCACUGCUCACUCCGAGAUGGGCCGGUACAAAGAUAUGUUGAAGUUUGCAGUUGUGCAGAUUGACACAGCCCGGGAGCUUGAAGAUCCCGACUACCUUACAGAAAGCUACCUGAAUCUGGCACGGAGCAACGAGAAGCUCUGUGAAUUCCAAAAAACAAUAUCUUAUUGCAAGACCUGCCUGAACAUGCAAGGCACCACAGUGAGCCUGCAGCUGAAUGGCCAGGUCAGCCUCAGCAUGGGCAAUGCCUACCUUGGCCUCAGCAUCUUCCAGAAGGCCCUGGAGUGCUUUGAGAAAGCCCUACGCUAUGCACACAACAACGAUGACAAGAUGCUCGAGUGUCGUGUCUGUUGCAGCUUAGGAAAUUUCUAUACACAUCUCAAGGACUAUGAGAAAGCCUUGUUCUUCCCUUGUAAAGCAGCUGAGCUGGUGAAUGAUUAUGGAAAGGGCUGGAGUCUAAAGUACCGUGCAAUGAGCCAGUUCUACAUGGCUGUAGCCUAUCGAAAGCUGGGACGCUUGGGAGAUGCUAUGGAGUGCUGUGAGGAGUCCAUGAAGAUUGCUCUUCAGCAUGGAGAUCGUCCUUUGCAGGCCCAGUGUCUGCUCUGCUUUGCUGAUAUCCACCGCAGCCGUGGAGACGUACAGACAGCUUUCCCCCGCUAUGAUUCCUCAAUGAGCAUCAUGACAGAGAUCGGGAAUCGUCUAGGGCAAAUUCAAGUGCUCCUGGGUGUGGCCAAGUGCUGGGUGAUUCAGAAGGAGCCGGACAAGGCACUUGAAAGCAUUGAGAAGGCUUAUGAGCUGGCAGAGGGACUAGGAAACAAACUUGGAUUGCUGAAGAUUCACUGUCUUUGCGAAGGGAUCUAUCGCACAAAGGGGCAGCAACGAGAGCUUCGCAACCAUGUAGUGAAGUUUCAUGAAUGUGUUGAAGAAAUGGAGCUUUACUGUGGCAUGUGUGGGGAAUCCAUUGGAGACAAGAACCACCAGCUUCAGGCCUUGCCUUGCUCCCAUGUCUUCCACUUAAAGUGCCUCCAGACUAAUGGAACACGUGGCUGCCCCAACUGCCGGCGUUCAUCUGUUAAACCAGGAUUUGUGUGAUCUGCUGAAUCUAUGAUAGGAGCUCACUUUUUACAUGUCACCAAAAAGUAGUGCAUUGAAACAUUUGUGGCACAUGUUGAGAAGGUGAAGGUGAAUGCACAGUGUAGGAAGAGGAUCUUCUGCACAAUUGAUGCAACAAGUCAGCUUUCAUCUGUGCCAUCAUGUUCCACAUAUUUGAGGUGUGGACAUCUAGUAGGAGUUCUGUGGCAUCUCCUUCCAUAAAGCCAAUAAUCACAACCAAUAUGUCACCUCUGAUCCUUUAAGGGUGUUGUCUACCAUGGCUUCCCACAAUUCCAGUCCUCUCAUUCUCUUGUUCUGCUGCUUCUAGUAGCAUCCACCAGUUCAGACCCCCAAAUCCUUGUUAUUUAUUCAUUCCUUGUGGGAAACAACAUGAUCAUGACAACAUGAUGCUGUAUUUUUUUCAUCUUGGAUUUACACAUGUGUAGCUUUCUCAUAGCAAUAGGGAGACAGCAGUCUUUUCCCAGACUUCGUUCCUCAUUUCUUUCUGGUUACUAUUGUUAGCAUCUUCUUAAAAGUAUCUUCCCAUCUAUGCUUUGAAAAAUUAUUCAAAUCUAAAAUUAAAAGCAAUGCUCUUUCUGAGCUUGCCUGGUGAUUAUAUUCAAGAUUGCCAAGUGCAUUACAUUUUUUCCAGUCUUCAGCCUUCCAGAUGUUUUGUACAUUAACACUCAGCCUUUAACCAUGAUGGCUGGGUUUUGUUUGUUUUUUGGAAAAUCAACACCUGGAGUAAUAAAGGCUGAGAACCACUGCCUUACAAUGUUCAGAUCUGUGAUCUCCCCAUCUGUUCUUCAAAAAUGUGCUUUUCCUGUUUUGUAUGUCUUUUUAUUGUAUACUUGGGAUUCUUCCCACUGUACCCAAUUCUCUUGAUCUGAGACCUAUACCAUCUAUUCUGUUCACACAAAAAAUUCAGUUGCUGCAUGGACUGUACAGAGGAAAGCGUCUUUGUGUGGACCGUCCUCAGGAAAGAUUUCUUGUCUUGUAUUCCUUUGCUAUACAUGUGCUAUUAAAUGGGCAAAAACAGCUUUCUGUUUGCAAUUGUGGUGUUGUCAGCAAUAGAUGUAAACUUUAAUCUAUUUAUAUAUAUUGGAAUCAAUAAAGCUGUAUCAGCCUUUA